CGUGGCAAGAGGUCCGGACGUGACAUCGCUGCACAUCAUCUCUCCUCCUCCCUUCAACCUCAGUUACCUUUACUUACCUAAAGCACAUCUGCAGACACUGGUGCCGGAGCAGACCGGAGUCCUGGUCCGACGAUCUGAACCAGGAGGAGAAAUAAUGUGGCUCAUCGUGUUUGCCAGUUUACUUCACUGCGCCUCGGCCUACGAUGUGGAUCUGAAGAAACUGGACGGGCUCGCAAAAGCGAGGGUGGAGACCUGUGGUGGAUGACAACUGAACAGGCUCAGAGAGGUCAAAGCCUUUGUGGUCCAGGACAUUCCUCUUUACCAUAACCUGGUGAUGAAGCAUAUUCCUGGGGCCGACCCUGAGCUUGUCCUCCUGAACCACUAUUACGAAGAGCUGGAUCGGAUUGCCUUGUCUGACAUGACCCGCUCUGAGAUCAACGAGCUGCUGGGGAAGCUGGGCUUCUACAAGAAGGCUCAACCAGAGGACUUGGUGCCGGAGGAGUUCCGCUUCUCUCCUGCCAAAGACAGCCCGUUUAAAGAUGAGCCGGCAUACAAACCCGCCACUUCCUCUCUUGUAACAGACAACGCCUCCUCAGAGCCCAAAGAAGGAGUCAAGCAUACCGACCUAUAACCUGUCAAGAGUGGAGAAAAGUAGGAAUCUCACAGUACCACUCUGCCCCAUAGCUGCUCCACGACCAGCUGGUUAUUGCAGUUGAUGGUAAAAAAUGCUCAUCAUUUCAGAAUAAAGCCAGCAGAUCAUGGAUCAGCCCUCGGGCAAGGACAAAAUCUUAGCUUCAGCAUAAGGCCCUCAGAAGGUCUAGUCUGAAUUUGCACAUGUUGUUCUUGCUGUGUGUUCUUUAUUUUUGCAUCAAUAAUAACCCAACAGUCCGCUUUCUACUCCCCAACACAAAAGACUGGAAGUGUGUAUGUUUUAUUUUGUUCUUGGUCCAUCAUGUGUCAGCUCUUUCUUCAGGAUCCUCGCCUCACUUGAGUUCUCUUGUGUGUCUGAUUGCUUCCUUCCUACUGUGAAACUGAAUGAAGCCUCAGGCUGAAAACUGUCUGACAGGCCUGAGGUUGAUGCUACAUGUUCUAGUGGGUCGGACUGACGCACACAAGAGGAUAGAAGUGGAAGCGUUGUAAAACAAAUUAAAAAUUAAAUGUGAAAACAAA